GGCUGCCUCGAUUCCCUCAGUGUCCGUCCGUCUGUCCGUCUGUCCGGCGGGGAGGAACGUGCUGAGCGCUCGGCGACCCGCAGAGCCACCACCCGGAUUCUCUGGGAAUCCUGCAGAUGCAGCAGCUGAAGAGUGUCUGAGAGACGGAAGGUCACGUCCCCAGAUGGAGAAGACAGAGGCCCAGGACCAGCCUGCCCAGGGGGAUGAGGAGAAGGACUCCCCAAAGAGCCACCCAUACUCAGUGGAGACGCCGUACGGCUUCCACUUGGACCUCGACUUCCUCAAGUACGUGGACGACAUUGAGAAGGGCAACACUAUCAGGAGGGUCCCGAUCCGCAGGAGGACCAAGCAGGCCAAGUUCAGCACUUUGCCCAGGAACUUCAGCCUCCCUGACAGCAGCGUGUGCCCUCAGACUGCCCUUCUCCAGCAACGCUGGUCCCCCACGGUGCCCAGGAAGGUGUUCCUGGGUCCACAGGUGCAAACCCAGGCCCCAGCACCUUGGGGCAGCACCCCCCAGGCCUGGGCCGGGGGCAGCGAGCUGAGCAACCCCAGGAAGGCCCUGCUGGUGGAGGCCGAUGGGCAGUGGAAGGACGCAGCGCUUGGCCUUGGCAGUGCCCGGCCCCAGCUCCUGCGGGCGUCCAGCAUGCCAGGCACACUGCUGCCCAGCAGGGCCUUGGAGGGACUCCCUGCACCCCCGGCACCUCCUCCACUCCAGGACACAGGUGGCUCCUGGGACGGUAGCUUCAAGCCUGCAGAGGAGCCUGCAGAUCUCCCCAGCCCUGGCCUAGGAGCAUCAGCCGUGGAGACAGCUGAGGAGCUGGGGGACCUGGUGCUGGGGGUUCCUGAGGAGGCCGAGCGCCCAGCUGGGGAGGUGCAGGCUCCAGAUCGCCUGUCUCCCCCAGGCCCCCCUCCCUCCUUCCAGAGCGCUCCUUUCAUCCCGGAGGACGUGGGGGUUGAGGUCCAGACCUGGGGCCCACAGGUGGGGUCCACGCUGGGCUCCUCCACCCCGAGCCCCCCACCCCUGCCGUCGCCAGUCCCCGAGAGCGAGCUCACACUUGCCGGGAUGGAGCUGAGCAUCAGUGAGCUCCCCCUUCCACCGCCCCCGGAGGUGGCCGUGCGGAGUGUUGGCGUGCGGGUCACCGAGGAGGCCCUGGGGCCAGACGGCAGCCUGGGUCAGCAGCUCUCAGCCCUGCAGCGCGAGCUGGCCAGCCGCACCGAGGAGCUGGCUGCGGUCAGGGCUGCCCUGGAGGCCAGGGAGCAGAGGGUCCGAGAGCUACAGGGCACGGUGGCCCAGCUGGAGGAAAAGCUCACCCAGGAUGCCCAGGCCCGCGCGCACGCCUCAGUGCACACUGGGCCUUUGUGUAUGGACACCUGCGACAAGGGUGUGAGGGCCGCCCUUCUGAGCCCCGCAGACUCUGGACACCGAGGAGCCCUGGGGGAGGAGGGCAGCCUCCUCCGGGUGACAGACAGUGCCCCACCAGGGGAGCAGUGCCCAGCCCAGCUGGCCCUGCCUCGGGGACCGGGAACCAGCCCUGCCUCCCCCAUGUACAGCUGCCCCGCCAUGGAGCUCAGGAUCGAGGAGCCGGCUGGCUCGGGGCAGGAGGGGGACGCGGGCCUGGCUGCAGAGGGCACCUCGGGCAGCGAUGGGGAGGUCGCCCUGGCAGCUGGGGAGGAGGCCGGCCCCGAGCAGCCAGGUGGGCUUCCCGGGUCUCCGGCAGAUGCCGCCCUGGGGCAGUACGUGAGGAAGAUCCAGGAGCUGCUGCAGGAGCAGUGGAGCUGCCUGGAGCACGGCUACCCUGAGCUGGCCAGCGCCCUGCGGCAGCCAGCAUCCAGGCUCAGCAGCAUCCGCGGCCAGCUGCUCAGCUCACUCAGCCUGCUGCUGUCGGCCUAUGCGGCCCAGGGCCCCCAGCAGGAGCCAGCAGGGCACCCGGGCCCCUCCCCGCCGGCCCCCGAGGUCUCCCCGCCGCCCAGCCUUAAAUCCGUAAUGAAAAAGAAAGACUGUGGCUUCGGUGCAGCAGGCAAUGGGGGCAAAAAGAACCUCCAGUUUGUUGGGGUUAACGGUGGCUAUGAGACCACCUCCAGCGAGGAGACCAGCGCAGAGGACAGCUCCCCCGAGGGCCUGUCUGACAGCGAGGCUGGGGAGAACGGCGGUGAUCCAGAGUGCGUGCGGCAUGGGGACGCCCACCCUGAGCAGGGCCACCCUGAGGCCACCCGCAGCACAGGCCGGGGAAGCGCGCCUGCCGAGGGAGCUUCCCAUCCCGAGGCUGAGAGGGACGCACUCGCGCUGUUCUCCAGAUGCAAGCCCUCAGAGGAAUUCCUUCAUGCGUGCCGGGCACUAAGCCAGCACCCGCCGGAAGCCGAGGCCGCUGACCCGCUCCUGAGGCAGAGCUUGAACACCGUCAGCCAAGAGUGGUUCCGCGUGUCCAGCCGGAAGUCGUCCAGCCCCGCCGUGGUGGCUGCCUACCUCCUCGGGGUGCAGCCGCUCUCCCCGCAUCUCCUGAAGCUGCUCGUCAACCUGGCCGAUCGCAACGGGAACACGGCACUGCACUACAGUGUGUCCCACUCCAACUUCCCCAUCGCAAAGCUGCUGCUCGACACAGGUGUCUGUGCUGUGGACCGCCAGAACGAAGCCGGCUACACCGCCGUGAUGAUCACGCCCCUGGCUUCUGCUGAGACCGAUGAGGACAUGGCCGUGGUGUGGAGGCUCCUGCGGGAGGGCAACGUGAACAUCCAGGCCACACAGGGAGGCCGGACGGCGCUCAUGCUGGCGGUCGUCCACGGGCGCGGGGACAUGGUGCGCGCGCUGCUGCGCUGCCGGGCGGACGUCAACCUGCGGGACCACGCGGGCCGCACCGGCCUCAUGCUGGCCGUGCGCCGCGGCAGCGCGGGCCUGGUGCGGCUUCUCCUGGCCCAGCCGGCCUGCGACAGCAGCCUGGCCGACGAGGUGAGGCGGGCGCCCAGGCGCGGGCGGAACCGGGCGGGUGAGCCGGGCCGGGACACAGCCGCCUCGCCUCGCCUCCCCGCAGGCCGGCCGCACGGCCCUGUCCCUUGCGCUGCAGCCGCCGGCCCGCGCCGACAUCGCCGGCCUCCUGCGGGCCCACGCGGAGCGCGCCGGGGGCCGGGGCAGCGAGCAGCCGCAGCAGGACUGAGUGGUGGACGGCGGGCGACGGCGGCCCAGGACGCCCGGGGAGGAGCCGCAGCCCGGACGCUUCCGCCGUGUGGUCGCCGGAGGCUGCAGCCACUGCACCGGGUCCGGCCGAGGGCUUCGCGCGUUGCGCCCGGGCGUCCCCAGGGCCCGCUGGCCGGGACGGCAGGAGGCUCUCGGGCUCUUCCGGGCCGCGGGGAGGCGCGACCUGAGGCCCCACGCGAGGGGACGGCCCUGUCGGCGGAGACGGCGGAGGGCGGCUCCUCCCAGGCGCGCAAAAGGAAAGGCCGCGGGCCCGCCCUGGAAUCCUCCGUCCUCGAGCUCAGGCCCGGGACGUGCAGGAGCGGCCUCCUUCCCAGCAGCUGCGAGGCCCAGGAGCAGCCCGCGCCCCGAGGGAUCCGAAGUCUCCUCCCGGAGGCCGCACCCACAGCCCACGCCCCCCGCCGACCUCGGAGCGAGCGGAGUCCUCACCUAUGGCCGAGUCCUUCCCAGCCCCUCGCCCUCCACUUCCCACCCCGCGGCCGCUCCCUGGGCUCGCGUGCGUCCACGCCCUCGCUCGGUGAAAGCUUGCUGUCCGAGUGCGUGUUUGACCUGUGCAAAUGCACGUCUGCAGCCACUGCGCAUCAGCAUCCCUCCGGUAACGCGGGGCCCUGCUCCUCUGACACGGUUGUAGGGCGAGUGACGUUCUGGCUGAGCAUCGCAACCUGA